UAAUUCAGUUUUUAUUUUACAGAAAUGGGGCCAAAAGAAUGAAGUGAGCUGUUACAAAGUGUUUGCUAUUGAAAAUGAGCACCUAGAGCAAUGGAUAUAAAAGCGCUUACUAAAAGUUCUACUUUCAACUCAUUUACUACCGGAAGUAGCCACAAGAUUGGGGCAUGGUUUGCAACGUUAAGUCCUACGCACAAGAAAGCUUCCAAAAGUAUUACUUUAGGUGUGGUGCCAGAGAAUCCUCGCAUAGGUUCGGAUGGGGAGUCAGAAGAGGUUUCUGACGAUGUCACUUCACCAGUUAAACUACGUCCGAAAAACAGAAGACUUACUGAGAACAUCAACAAACGCCUGUCAUUGCCCGCUGACCUCCACCUGCCCGAGUCACUGGUGGCCCAACAUGGCUCCACGGAGGACCGGCCGCUGAGCCGAGCUUCACGCCGCCAGUCACUCUCUGAGAUUGGGUUCGGGCGCAUGGAGACCUACACCAAACUGGACAAACUCGGCCAAGGCACGUAUGCAACAGUAUUCAAAGGCAAAUCAAGGCUUACUGACAACCUUGUAGCACUCAAAGAGAUAAGGCUGGAGCAUGAGGAGGGUGCUCCAUGCACUGCGAUCCGAGAAGUCUCCUUGCUCCGAGACCUCAAGCACGCCAAUAUAGUGACCCUGCAUGACAUAGUGCAUACAGAAAAAUCACUGACUCUGGUAUUUGAGUACCUGGACAAGGACCUGAAACAAUAUAUGGACGACUGCGGAAAUAUUCUCAGUUUGAACAAUGUCAAGCUGUUCCUAUUUCAACUUCUUCGUGGACUGGCCUAUUGUCAUAGUAGAAGAAUACUACAACACCGAGACCUAAAACCUCAAAACUUGCUCAUCAAUGACAGAGGAGAACUAAAAUUAGCAGACUUUGGUCUAGCAAGAGCCAAGUCUGUGCCAACAAAAACGUUCUCCAAUGAAGUGGUGACUCUCUGGUACCGGCCUCCUGAUGUCUUGCUUGGCUCCACCGAGUAUUCCACUCCGAUAGACAUGUGGGGCGUGGGAUGUAUUUUCUUUGAGAUGGCUUGUGCACGGCCAUUGUUUCCCGGAUCCACUGUGGAAGAGGAACUUCGACUGAUAUUCAGAGGACUGGGAUCGCCCCCACCGGACGCUUGGCCCGAUCUACCGAUGCCAUACACCUUCCCCCGCUACGAGCCCGAACCUAUGCUCUCCAGGGCACCACGCCUCGACUCAGAUGCCAUUGAUCUUCUUAACAAAUUUCUCUGUUACGUUGCCAAGGAUAGGAUCUCUGCUGCUGAUGCAAUGAAGCAUCCAUAUUUCCGCUCGCUCGGGCCUGCUGUGCAUAAUCUGAAAGAUGUGGCUUCCAUAUUCUCAAUACCCGGAAUUCAACUGAGCACUCGGAAGAAGAGCACUCCGGCCUACCGAGCAUCCAAGUAUGGGUUGAUGGGUAAAGGCCGCCGACAGAGUAUGCUCUUAUGAUGACGUCAGUGGUAUCAGUGUAUCGUUGACAUUGUAAAGUGCACUUCCACUUCCACUGUCGCUAGCAAUAGUUUGACCACAUGUAACGCUAUGGACUUUGGCUGUGAUAUUUGUGGUAAGAGAACCUCUCAACACAUUGAUGUUUCGUGUGUUACAUUUAUUAUUAAUAAUUUAGGCUUGUUUUUUACUUAUAAUAAUUAAAUAAACACAUAUUUAUUAAGUUGGUCGACAACUGACAAUUAGUUUAAUAUCUGGAUUAAUUUAUCGGCAAACGAUCGGCCCAUUCGCUGCUACAUUUUGUUACUGUUUUAAAAUAUUUAAUUCAGUUGUCACACUGUCUAGCUAAUUGUUGUAAAUUUGUAAAAUGUUUUAGUUGUUCCAGCAACUAGGCGUUAGGUGAAUGUUAAAUACUGUAUACUGUAGUGUGGUGUAGAGUGGAGAGGUGCCAUUGUCACAAUGUCUGUACUUUAGCUGGAGACAUUUGGUUAGGAACUACUCAACUCGCACAUUGCUAGCAAAUAAAUUCAUGAUUACACUUAAAUUCUAGCAUUAUAUAUCACUUACUGUGAGUUUAAUUUUAAAUGUAGUUAGUAUAUCCCGAUAACUGGCCAGCUGUGCAGAGUCGUUGGUAUCUUACCAGUAAAACCCAUCUUGAUGAUUGUGAUGUGAUAUUAAUGAUUUCAACCCAUUCACUGUUCAUGUAUUGAUGCUGGCUUAGAUCGAAAUUUGGGUUACGGGAGUGCCAUUUUUUAGUUAAGAAAAUUGCUCUAUAAAAUUGAAAUGCACAGAUUCGUAAAAGCUUGCAACUUGACAUAACUUGCCAGUCAGCUAUACAUCAGGGAAAUGAAACUAACCAAAAAAUUCCUAAGUAAAAUAAAAAAUAUUGGCUCCAGUCCUUUUAAUUACUUUUUCUCAUCUCGUUCAUUUUUGCUUCUUAUUCCUUCAUCAGGUUUAUAACUAAAUUUGAAAGGAAGGGAUUAGCCUGAAGGCAGAGUAUCUUUUAGUUAAGAAAAGCCGCUGAUUUUGUUUCACAGAUAAGGAAAUCUAGGCUUUUGAAAUUGUAAUUUUAUCCAGCUAACUUUGUGAAAUGUAGAGGAAGUUAAGUUAGAGCUAUUUAACUUUUGUGAAAUGCCAUUUCUCACUGUUAUUUUCUCAGAAAAGACAAACCCACAACUGCUGUAUUCGUUGUAAACAUGCGAUUUCAAAAAGCAAUGCACCACUGCUUUACUCAUUAUUCUGCCUGCCUGGCUUUACUCGUUAUUCCAUGUCUAUGUGUAUAUUUUAAAUCUUCCAAUCAUACUCGGUUAUGAUGCUUCCUGAGAAUGUAAAAAAAGUCUUUGGGCACUGUGCAUGUUUGUGAGAUCAUAUCGUGUUGUGUCACACAAUACAUCUUUUACAUCUGAGUCCAGGUAGAGUUAGGUCCAACUGUAAUAUUUUGUGUGGUCGUUCAAAAACAUAAAUACCAAAUGCUAGACAAGUAGUUUGUGAUAAAUGCUUGACGUGGUUUCUCUACUCAACCAUUUUUUUUCUUGAAAAUCCUGAUUUUAAAGUACUCCCAACAUCUUUAAGAAAAUGAUUAAUUGUUAUAAUUUUAUGUGCUAAUUAAAAUUUAAUUUUAACAAAUUUAAAAUUAUAAAUUGUUUUACCAUUUGUAUUGGCAACAAAAAGCUGUUUGAUACAUUUCUUCAGUUUUGAAAUUUUAAAGCUUAAUACAAAUGUAAGCUGAUAUAUGUGAAUACCAGAAUGCAGGUUUGCCAACAUGUUAUCCUAUUAACUUGUAGAAACAUUCAGAUAUAAAACUGACCGGUGUACUACAAUCUGACCAACCCCUAUUUUUCUAAACAGUUUAUUUUCUUUAUUUCUUCAUCAAAUUUAAUGUUGUGAAAACUAUGCAAGGAACAACACACUUUAGAGUGUACAUUUCAAUGUUUUACCCACUGUCAGAUAUCCGUAUAAACUUCUGGUGUAUUAGUGUAUUGCUUCAGUGAAAUGUACCGAGUGGGUAAAAUUGUCUAAAUUCUUAAUUUGUCAUUUGUUAAACACUUUCGAUACUUAAAAACUAUUAAACUUAAAUAAAACAAGUAAAAACAUUAGUAACAUUUUAACACAUUUUCACUCGUGAGAACUUUCACCUUCUAAUUUGGCAUUAAAGCAUCAUAAUUUAACAAACCCUCUCAAUAAAUGCUUUCUAUGGGCAAAUUACCAAUACUGAACAUUUUGUUUAAAUU